CGACGACACGAGCAGACGGAACAGGAACGGCGAUGGAUGAUGAUCAGUCUACAGUCAAUAUGACGACAGGCAGUCUAGAAGAUCUAGAAUUGAUCGAGCGCGAAGCCGCAAGAGAGGCAGAAGAUUCAGAGGAAGAAAGAAGGGAACGAAGACGGCACAAUUUAGCUCAAAAUAUGUCGGCUGAAAUAGUAGGAAACUAUGGUAGUGUGGCGUAUCACCAAGUUGGGCCUCGACGACUCAUAUUGGACCAUAGGAAUGAGGGAGGACAGCGCACUAUCUUGAGUGUUGCAACGGCGACGAGAAAUCAGAUGGCUGCACAAGCUCGCGGUAAUGGACCCGGUCGCAGACGCAGACAGCAUAUUCAUCAACAGGUGAUGGAUCUAGAUGCUCCAGAGGAAGACGAAACACUCAGGCCUCGUGUACAUCCUUCUGGAGUAGUGUCUUCACAACAAUCUUCUACUGGUAGAGAGCCACAACAAACGGGAUCAGGAGGAGGACGAGCUUUCUCUAGUCCUCAUGUGCAAACCGUGGGUGGAUCCUCUACAAGAGAUGAAGCUCAACCUGUCCCUUCAUCCAGCACGACUUUCACUUCACACGUAGGUUCUGGCUCUGCGCAAUUUCAACAUCAAUCUCUCCCAGGACCUCCUGGGCCAGAACCCCAUGCAGCACCAAGACCCGUUCGUCACCAACAGAGAAGGGACACCACAGUAAUAUUAAGGCUCAAGAACUUUCAAUGGUCACCAUUGCGAUUGGAGUCACUGAUAUCGAACAGGCGACCCCUUGAGAGAACAGGGGAAAACGAAGGGAAUAAAGGCGAGAGCUUUGAAGGGGGUCUCUUCCGUUCAGAGUCAGUGGCCAAGGAAUGCUGAGCUUUAAUAAUACAAGGCGCGACCAACAACGUCAACGCCCAGGUGUGCGACUGAUGCCAAUACGGAAUCCGCAGAUAGAGCCACGUAAUCAGAGGAAUUUCUUUUCGAAUCACCGAGGUGGUGGACGAAGAACAACAAACACUGCCACCACAACCGCCGCCGCAGCACCAGUAAUUAUAGCGCCCUAUCGUCGCAGAGCAUCGUUUGUGCUUGAUGAGCAGACUCCUCCAGCAAAAGCAGGUGCUGUGGAGGGGGGUUCAGCUACAUUACAAGAGCUACAAUUUAUUCAACCAGGACAAGAUGCAAGUGCACCAAGAACCUCCGACUUACCAAACUCUAGUUCGGUUGACUCAAGGAGGAGAACUGAUGUUCCAUCUUCGCUCGUACCACAAGCCACGACCGUGCCUUCUACUAACAUCGUCCCGCAAAACCAGCAAGACGUAGCAGAGUUGUUCAGGCCAAUAGUUGGGAGUCUUUUGGGAG